CAUUAUCCCUCUUUUUUUUCACCCAUUUGAUCAAUUCUUUCUCUCUCCAUCAUUUCUUUUCAUUUCUCCUCUGUCUCCUCCUCACUCCUCCCCCCACAAUCAAACCCAAAAAUCCCCACAAAAAAACACAUAAAACCCACAAAAUCAAUCAAUCAAAUCAAAUUAAAUAAAAUCAAAAUCUCAAAGAUGAUAAUCAGCAACAGUGGAGGUGCAGGGAGACAAGAAAUGAGGAUAGAAUCGAACGGUGGAGGAUUAAAGAAAGGGCCAUGGUCAUCAUCAGAAGAUGCUAUACUGAUUGAUUAUGUGAAUAAACAUGGAGAAGGGAAUUGGAAUGCAGUACAGAGGAAUACUGGACUUUUAAGGUGUGGGAAAAGUUGUAGAUUAAGAUGGGCUAAUCAUCUUCGUCCAAAUUUAAAGAAAGGAGCAUUUUCUUGUGAUGAAGAACGUUUAAUCAUUGAUCUUCAUGCUAAACUUGGUAACAAAUGGGCUCGCAUUUCUGCUCAUUUACCCGGAAGAACGGACAAUGAGAUCAAAAAUUAUUGGAACACAAGGGUAAAGAGAAGAAUUAGACAAGGUUUAUCACUUUACCCAAAUGAUCCUCCUCUUCCAACACCAUCUCCAACACUUCCACUCACUCUUCCUAAAAACCCACCACAAACUCUUUCUCUAUUCAAUCCAAUGUCUCUUCCUUCCCCAAUUUUCCCUAUUCACAAUCCUCCACCUCCAUUUCUCCCAUUCCAUCACCCCCUUAAACAUAACUCAUUCAUGGAUAACCCUAAUUUUCCCCCUUCUGAAAUGGGUUCAUUUCAAAUGAACUCAAUCGGGUUUGGAUUACAGUCGGGUCAGAAAAUGGAUUUUGAUCCGGGUUUUGGAUUGGGUAACCCUAGUUUUGAGCUCCCUUCAAACCAAUAUAACCAAAAUGUGGGUGGUAAUUAUGAUCAUCUAGAAAUGGAAGAUGAGAUAAUAAAGGAUAAUCUAAAUAUGGGUAGGACUAAUAGUGGGUUAUUGGAUGAUCUUCUAAUUGAAGCUCAAAAAAAGGUGUGUGUAAAGAGAGAAAGAGAUGAUGAUUUUGCUCUUCAUUGGGAUGUUUCCAGCUCUGAGAAUUCUUGCACCGGAAUCAAAGAUCAAUCAGAAGAAGAAGUAAAGUAUGAUUAUCAAGAUUUACCAAACAUCCUAGAUCUGAUUCCUUCACUUGUUCAGGUUCCUGAAUGGUGCAACAAUGGUGACGCAGAAAGCUCAGCUGCUCAAUCUUCUGCUGUUAGUACUGAUGAUAAUUACAAAGGAUUUCAUGAUCACAACCCACAACUUCCAUCUUUUGAUCAUGAUGCUGAUGGUGAUUGGAAUCCUGGAUGCUAUAAUUGGGAUAAUUUGCCUAAAAUAUAUUGAGUACUUUUUAGUAUUUUUAAUUAACUUCUUAAUUAAUUAAUCUUGUUUAAGUUUAAUUAUGAACCAUUUUGAUUAUUAAGUAUGAUGAAGUUAAGGGA